GAAGCUGCAAGUCACGACCUUGACCCGAGGGAAGGCUGCGGGGUGCAACGAGGACAGAGAGAGGCUCUGCGCGAGAAGACAUUCCCACCAUGUCUCAGAAUGGAUACCUUGAGGAUAUAGGGUACCUGAAAUGUGACACGGACGAUGUCUCUGAAGCCCGUGGGGAGAGCCUGGGGGACGAUGCCGGCGACACGGUCAACUCCUCCAUCGUGUCUGGCGAGAGCAUCCGUUUUUUUGUCAACGUCAACCUGGACAUGCAGCCCUCCCAGGCUGCUGAAAAUGAAGCCUCUGGUGGCUGCGUGCUCCUGCACAUCUCCCGAAAGUACCUGAAGUUAAAGAACUUUGAGGAGGAGAUCCGCGCGCACCGAGACAUCGAUGGCUUCCUGGCCCAGGCCAGCAUCAUCCUGAAUGAGCCGGCUACCUCCCUGGACGACGUGCUGCGGGCCAUGCUGCGCCGAUUCACCCAAGACCCCAACCACGCCGAGCCUGGCUGCGACUUAGACCUGUUCAUGACCUUACUCUUCACAGACGCUGGAGCCCCCCUGGAGGGUAAUGUCCACCUGUUGUCAGACACCAUCCAGGGGGUGACCGCCACGGUCACAGGGGUGCAGUACCAGCAGUCGUGGCUCUGCAUCAUCUGUACCGUCAAGGCCCUGCAGAAACGGCACGUGUGCAUCAGCCGUCUGGUUCGCCCCCAGAACUGGGGGGAGAAUUCCUGUGAGGUGCGCUUUGUCAUACUGGUGCUGGCCCCGCCCAAGAUGAAAAGCACCAAGACGGCCACGGAGGUGGGUCGCACGUUUGCCACCAUGUUCUCGGACAUCACCUUCCGCCAGAAACUCCUGGAGACCCGCACGGUAGAGGAGUUCAAAGAGGCCCUGGUGCACCAGAGAUACCUGCUCACCAUGGUGAGCCAGCAUCGGCACAAGUCCCUGCCGGUGAACUGCAGCACACACUCCGUAGGCCACAAGCUCCUGAAGCGCCAGGACUUCCUCGCUGUAGGGAAAGGCAUCCGGGAUGACAUCGCGCGGCGGUUCCCUGUGUAUGCCCUGGACUUUACUGAUGGCAUAAUCGGGAACCACAAAGCCAUAGGCAAGUACAUCACCACCACCAUGUUCCUCUACUUCGCUUGCCUUCUGCCCACGAUUGCCUUUGGCUCCCUUAACGAUGAGAACACCAAAGGCGCCAUUGACGUGCAGAAGACCAUGGCUGGGCAGAGCAUCGGGAGCCUCCUGUACGCCCUCUUCUCUGGGCAGCCGCUGGUGGUGCUGCUGACCACUGCCCCCCUGGCCCUCUACAUCCACGUGAUCCAGGGUAUCUGUGAGGACUACCAGCUGGACUUCAAAGCCUUUUACGCCUGGACGGGCCUUUGGAACAGUUUCUUCCUUGCGCUCUAUGCCUUCUUCAACCUCAGUCUGGUCAUGAAACUCUUCAAGAGGUCCACAGAGGAAAUCAUCGCCUUGUUCAUCUCCAUCACGUUUGUGCUGGACGCUGUCAAGGGCAUGGUCAAAAUCUUCAGGAAGUACUACUACAGCCACCCACCUGGUGACCACUCUCCAAUGAUGACGGCGUCCCUGGUGAACCUGCUGAGCUUCAACGGCAGCCUGACCGCGGAGCUCAACACCAGCCUCCUGGCCGAAGCACCGUCGCUGACAGCGGAGGGCAGCCACGUGCACGGAGGCCGGGACACGGCCGUGCUCAGCCUGCUCAUCAUGCUGGGCACCCUCUGGCUGGGCUACACCCUCUACCAGUUCAAGAGGCGCCCCUACCUGCACCCCUACGUGCGCGAGAUCCUGUCGGACCUGGCCCUGCCCAUUGCGGUCCUCACCUUCUCCCUCAUCAGCUCCUACAGCUUCCAGGAGAUAAAGAUGAGCAAGUUCCGCUACAACACCAGCGAGAAUCUGUUUGAGAUGGCCCGGAUGGACCUGCUGUCCCUGGGAGCCGUCAGCAGCGCCAUGGGCCUCGGCUUCCUGCUGUCCAUGCUCUUCUUCAUCGAGCAGAACCUGGUGGCGGCCUUGGCGAACUCGCCGGAGAACAGGCUGGUGAAGGGCACCGCCUACCACUGGGACCUGCUGCUCAUCGCUCUCAUCAACACGGGGCUCUCGCUCUUCGGGCUGCCCUGGAUCCACGCCGCCUACCCCCACUCCCCGCUGCAUGUGCGCGCCCUGGCCUUCGUGGAGGAACGCGUGGAGCACGGGCACAUCUGUGAGACGAUUGUGAGCGUGAAGGAGACGCGGUUGACCUCUCUGGGCGCCAGCAUCCUGGUGGGCCUCUCGCUGCUGCUGCUGCCCUUCCCGCUGCAGUGGAUCCCCAAGCCUGUGCUCUACGGCCUCUUCCUCUACAUCGCCCUCACCUCCAUCGACUGCAACCAGCUCUUCGAGCGCGUGGCCCUGCUGCUCAAAGAGCAGACAGCCUACCCGCCCACGCACUACAUCCGGAGAGUGCCCCAGAGGAAGAUCCACUACUUCACAGGCCUGCAGGUCCUGCAGCUGCUGCUGCUCUGUGUCUUCGGCAUGAGCCCCCUGCCCUACAUGAAGAUGAUAUUUCCCCUCAUCAUGAUUGUCAUGAUCCCCAUCCGCUACAACCUGCUCCCCCGAAUCAUUGAAGCCAAAUACCUGGACGCUAUGGAUGCCGAGCACUGAGGCAGCGACUGGCAGGCUCUGGCCAUGCCCCUUUGCCCAUCCCUCCCUCUUCGCCCAGUCCGGCUCUGUGGGGAGGUGCGGGUGUCUCGGUGUUGCUCUGCGCUGCACCCUCACCCAGCUGCUCGGCAGGCCUGGAUCGUCUGGGCAGGGUGAGCGUCACUGGUGUGUGCCCACCCUCCCCACCCCCCAUCCCAUUAACCUUUAGGUUUGGGUCACUGCUCAGGGCAGCUUCCGCCAAGGUGGGACUUAAGCAGGACAGGUUUUCUUUUGAUAAAAGAGUCCGUGCCUGAAAGAGAAACCGUUUCCUUGAUUGUGUAAGGAACUUGCUGAACGCACAUGAGAAUAAAGCUCCUGUUUCUA